GCGAUGAAACAUGUCGUGACAGUAAACACCUGGGUUAUCUCAAUACAGAUCUGUGAAUGUUGCGUUUGAUCGCUUCAUGACCAUCGCGCGUCGCGUUCUUUAGACAGCGAAGAUGAGAGUUGCGUGGAGUUUCAUCUUCGCAGCUCUUAUGCUCUCACCGGUUUGGUGUGAGUCUCCUGAUGCUGAAAGGACUCCUCAUGGAGACUUUGUGCGCUUUGGACAUGCUCCCGACAGAGUGAUGGACAAAUGUAGUGUACAGGUGCAGUAUAACUGCUCUGUUGCCUGUCGAAUCGGGGUCGAAAUUGUUAUUUCAACCCCAACAACGACAGCCUACAGAAGGACCUGGACUAACCAUAAGAGAUUUGGAAAACCCAGAUCCAGAACGGUUCCUCUGGUGUUUCCUCCAGCUGUGCUGUACCGUAGAGACUUUUUUGUCAGGCGGCCACUGGAGACAUGUGAUGUGGUGCUGAAAGCCUGGAUGAUUCAUCUGGUAGAAGAGGAAAUUGGUGGCAGCCAUGCUAAAGGAUAUGACCAAUCUCUUGUGAGAACUUCUACGUCUUUGAGGACACUACCACUCUCUGAACGCCCAGCAUGUCCACAGACAAGAUCGGUCUCAUGGGGCGCGUGGCUGAUGUGGCAGCUGACCAAAGAUACCGUGAGAAAGUGUCCACAUGAGUCAGACAUUGUGGAUAUCCUGACUUUUCCAUUUGCAAGUACCGGUGAGAGGUUUGGUAUCAUACAUACGUUUUCCUCCUUCAGAAAUAGAGAUCUAGAAAGGAGACGCACCCUCGCUCUCAAACAGCCAAGUGUGACGCUGUCAGUGUGGCUGUACUUGCUGAGCUGGUGCAACCAGUCUGUGUGUGGAAUAAUCAGGCAUGUCAAUGAACACAGGAACUAUGGAAGUCCUCUCAUUAUGCUGUCUGACACAGGUGAUAUAGUGGUGCAGGUGCAAUUGGUUGCUGGAGAGGAGCAGGCGUUUACAGCAUACGCAGCUUUACCCCUCCAUACCUGGAUCCGUCUGGACAUCUUCUUUCAGGUGUCAGAGGCAAAACUCACAAUUACAAAGAUCUUACCCGCAGGAAAGACUUUGGAGAUCACUCAUCUUUUUGAUUUUCGUCAGCCAGUUCAAUUAAAUGACACAUCAGGAUAUUUUGUGAUUGGUGGAUGCAGCUACAUGCAGGGGAUUCAUGGCUAUAUUGGACCAAUCAAAUACUAUCGUUUAGGCUCAGAAUAUGUGACAAACCCCCUGUCCCCUGUUAGGACGCUAAAGGAGCUGGACAGACUCCACAGACACUGUGAGGAAAUGAGACGGGUUACUGAAGACUAUCUGCAAGCAUUGAGACAAAACCGAGACAUCUCUAGAGAUGUUUGUGAGUGUUUUUAUGGAGACAUUAAGAGGAAGUUUGAUCGUAGGAAAUGUACACAAACUUGGUCGUGGGACCAGCAAAGAAGAUUCAACCUCACCCUGAGGCUUCUAGAAGAACACCAGGAGCUCAUAACAGGUCUGUGCAACAGCAGCAGACAUUUGCUAUGUCUAGGCCGAGUGAUUUACCAGGAUGCGGUAAAGACAAUAGCUAAAGCAGAGGAAUCUGCCGGCGGUCUGGAUCUCCUGUCCACUAUUAUUCAGCAGCUUCAGGUGUCCUCCUGCUGGGGUCACCAGCACGCCUCUCUUCUGCUCGCUACCCUGCACCUGGCCGGCCUGGGUGUCCCGGUGGACCUGGAGCAGGGUCAUGUCUAUAGUUUGAUAGGCGGUGUCUCUGAUGACCGUCUCGCUCUGAUGCAUUUGGGAUACAAGCACAUGCAGGGUCUGGACGGUUUCCCCAAAGACCAGAACACAGCAGAAUGGUGA